AUGACACUUAGUCGCGAGAUGGCGUCCACUGGGAUAGACGCUUUGGGCCUUUCGCUUGUGGUUUGCUGCAGCGUGCCAACAUUGUUGACAGUAAUUACUCGCUUUCGAGACGCAAAGUCGCACCAUGCAUCUGAUUCACAAGACCCAUCGGAGACGCCUCUACUAGGCUUGUCGAGUUAUGAAGACGAGGAUGGUGAAGCCACACCAGAAUCCUUGGAGCAGUUCUCAGCGUCAUGGCAGCGGAUUGCUAUAGUGCUAUCGUCUGUCAUAGGGUUUGGGGUGUCCUUGUCACAGGCUAUCAUUUCGAUGGAGUCGCGUCAACGCGAAUGUAUGAUUUCCUUCUGGCUGCAAACGGGUGGAUGGAUGGUAUUGUGUCUACAAUCUGCCGGCUUCUUGAUCGAAUUAGCGCCGGCAAAACGAUAUAUACUCGGGAUAUACGCUUCUGCGGCUGGCUUUGUUAUGAUCCUGGUGCUAUGCGCGGACUUUGUGCUUGUUUGGCAGUCUGGAGAUAAUGGUAAUCUCGAUGACCUGUGCACAAGUUUGAUGAUAAGCCAGGUCGGCAUCGCCUGCCUACGAAGCUUCCUCUGCUUGUUGAUACCCAGGCGCCCUAAUGUACACCAUCAAGGACAGGUAGUGGACCAGGAAUGUACAGUGAGCCUCUUCGGCAGGAUAACGUUCAGCUGGGUCAAUGAUCUCCUACGAUUUGUGGUGACGAACAAAGGCUUGGAACUGGACGAUCUCCCGAAACUGCCGGUGACCGCGCGCGCUCAAACUCUUCAUGCACGCCUUGAGACAAUGCGCCACUCUCGGGAAUUGUGGAAAGCGCUCAUAAUCGGACAUCUGCGGCCACUCCUAUUACAAAGCACAUUAAGCAUUAUCCAGUGUCUUCUAGGGUUCGGACCGCAAGUGGCAUUGUUCGGCAUACUGAGGUCACUAGAGGAUCGCUAUUAUUCGCCAGGGGAUACAAACACAACCUGGAUAUGGGUGCUCGGGCUCGGAAUAGUCCUUGUCCUAUCCUCCAGCAUUGAAUCCUGGCUCUGGUGGAUCAUCUAUUCUCGGUUGUGGAUACCAAUAUAUGAAGGAAUCUCCGCUGUCGUGUUUGCAAAGUCAUUGCGAUGCAAGGAUGUGAAGCAGCUGAGCCGCUACAGCCAGGAAGGUAAGAACGAUGGAGGCACCGAGGACAUAGACGGGGUAGAGCAACAGGGGAGUCGCCAAACUGUCAUCAAUUUAGCCACCGUGGACUCCAAGCGGAUCGCUGACUUCGUGAUGUAUAAUUACCUUAUCCCUUCUUGCAUUCUUCGACUAGUGGUUGCAUCUGCUUUCCUAGUCCAGCUGAUUGGAUGGAAGAGUUUGCUGGCGGGUGGCCUUGCGGCGAUCCUGUUGACCCCGAUGAACACCCAUUUGACGAAGAAAUACUCGGCAGCCCAGAAAGAUUUCAUGAAUGCUAGCGACAAACGAAUGAGCGCAGUAGCCGAAGUACUGCAUGGGAUACGACAGAUCAAGUUCUCAGCUCUCGAACAGCAGUGGCAGGAUCGGGUAUCGGAAAAACGCCGCAUCGAACUCAAAUACUUAUGGAAAACGUCUCUGUACACUACUGGCAUGGUAUCCGUGUGGAUCAUGGGACCUCUCUUGUUGUCUGCCGUGUCUUUGACUGUAUACGCGCUGACUUAUGGCGAGCUUUCUGCCUCUGUGGCCUUUACAGCUCUUUCUGUGUUUGGAUCUCUGGAAUCCGCCCUGGCGAGUUUGCCUGACCUGAUGUCUAAAGCAAUGGAAGCUAAGAUUAGUGCUUCUCGCAUCGACCGGUACUUAAACUCGGCGGAGAAAGCACCCUAUACGUUCAAUGUCGAGGAGAUAACUUUCGAUAACGCCACCAUUGCAUGGCCGGCACAGGAUGAUGAAGAUGAGCAAUCUGGCUGGGACGAUGAAGAGUGCUUUUGUCUUCGCAACCUUAAUCUUCGAUUUCCUUCGAAGAGAUUGAGCGUCAUCGCUGGGAAAACUGGCUCUGGGAAGAGCUUACUCUUGGCCUCCAUCCUAGGCGAGUGCGACGUCUUGGCUGGCAUGGUUGCUAUCCCGCACAGUCCUCCGUCCCAUGAACGAUUUGACGAGAGAGCAACGCGUCAUAACUGGAUAAUCGAUAAGGCUGUGGCUUACGUAGCCCAGAAUCCCUGGAUGGAGAACGCAACAAUCAAAGAGAAUAUUCUGUUUGGACUCCCUUACGAUCGCUACCGAUACCGCAAAGUACUCCGCGCUGUAGCGCUGCAGAAGGACAUUGACAUGUUACCGGACGGCGAUUAUACAGAUAUAGGUGCUAAUGGCAUCAAUCUAAGCGGCGGCCAGCGCUGGCGCAUAUCAUUUGCACGGGCCCUAUACUCACGAGCAGGGAUAUUGAUCAUGGAUGACAUCUUCAGCGCGCUUGACGCGGAAACUGGGCGCCACCUCUAUGAACGCGCCUUGACCGGAGAACUUGGCCAGAAUCGGACUCGGAUCCUCGUCACACAUCAUGUGGGUCUGUGCUUACCUCGGACAGACUACUGUGUUCUUCUCGCAGAUGGGAUUAUGAUCCACGCUGGUACGAAGGAGGAAUUGGCUGCGGCUCAAAACCUGGUGGACUUUUUGGAUCAAACAGCAGAAACACCGGUUACUGAAACCCCUCCCGGAGUGCAAGGACCUAAAGUAUCAUCGAAGCGCGUGUCAACAAACUCGAGACUAUCUACCAACUCGCGCCUCUCGACAGCCACUAGUAUACACACGCUCCGAAGGUUUACUGAGGAUGAAAAACGGGAAAGGGGGGCUGUUUCCACAAAGGUUUACGUUGAAUAUCUCACCAAGGGCAACUGUCUCCGCCUUUGGACAUUGGUGUUUCUGGCAUACAGCGCUUUUAUGACUCUUCUAGUCGGUAGGUCUUGGUGGGUGAGCGUCUGGACCAGUGCGUCCACUCCAUCGUCUGAUGCAGAAAACGAUCCACAAUCUCUUAAAAACUUCAUGAACCGGGCGUGGACGUUCAAAGCCGACGAGGAUUUGAUGUUCUAUCUCACAAUUUAUAUAUGCUUCUCUGUCGCCGCAUGCGUUGUCGGCACAAUUCGUACAUUGGCUCUCGCCUUCGCUUCGCUGGAAUCCUCGCGUCAACUGUUUAACGAUCUUCUGUAUACUGUUCUGCGGUCCCCUUUGCGAUGGCUCGAUACCGUUCCAACUGGGCGCAUCCUGAACCGCUUCACCUCCGACAUCAACAUUCUCGACUGGAGGCUGGGAUAUGACAUAGGUCAUUUUGUCUACAAAGUAUUGGAAUUGGUGGGCAUCCUCGCUGCGGGGUUGUUGGUUUCACCUCUUCUCUUGCUGUUCGCUUGCAUAUUGUUGGUCUUGUGCUUCCAGCUAUCGAGGAUUUAUUUGGUGGGCAUGCGGGAAAUCAAACGCCUAGAAAGCACGUCGAAAAGCCCAGUUUUGGAGCGAUUUGGGUCUACCAUGGUCGGCUUGGGGACCAUUCGCGCCUUCCACAAGACAGAGGUGUACAUCAAGGACAUGUAUGCUCGAAUUGAUCGGCAUGCACAAACGGCAUGGUAUCUUUGGCUAUUGGACCGCUGGCUUGGAAUCAGAAUGAGCAUCGCAGGAGCUCUCCUGUCAACCAUUACAGCGGCGUUGGUCGUCUAUAUUCCCCAAAUCACCCCUGCACUGGCAGGCUUUGCGAUGAGCUUUGCGCUACAGUAUAACUACGCUGUGUCCAUGGGACUUCGCUUCUAUGCCAACGUGGAGACAGACAUGAACUCUACUGAGCGUGUGCUGGAAUACUCCGAGAUUGAUAUGGAAGAUCAGGGUGGGGUAGAGCCGCCGGCAGCAUGGCCGACUCGAGGAAGAGUAGAAGUGGAAGAUCUGGUGGUUGGAUACGCGCCACAUCUACCUCCAGUGCUCAGCGGGCUCAAUUUCAGCUUGGAGCAUAACCAGCGCCUAGGCGUGGUAGGACGUACUGGGGCUGGAAAGUCCUCGCUGACAUUGGCUCUGUUCCGCUUCCUGGAGGCGCGGCAGGGGCGUAUCUUUGUGGAUGGCCUGGAUAUCUCGCAGAUCAAGCUCCAAGCCCUACGGAGUCGCCUUGCAAUCAUCCCGCAGGACCCCGUACUGUUCUCGGGCACCCUGCGGUCUAAUCUGGACCCAUUCCAUGAACACACCGACCUGGAGCUCUAUAAUGCGCUAGAGCGGGUACAUCUUGUCUCUUUUGAAGAUACUCUUACCCUGGCCUCGCAUUCCAGUAAUGAUCCUUUGAGUGACAGCAGCACAAUACCAUCCUCGUCUGCCUCUUCGACGACAGGCCCCACAAAGAAUGCGAACUUCUUCGCUUCGCUUUCAUCAAUGGUCUCGGAGGGAGGUCUCAAUCUCUCUCAAGGGCAGAGGCAACUACUCUGUCUCGCCCGAGCCAUUGUCUCCCAGCCUAAAAUUAUGGUUCUGGACGAGGCCACCUCCGCAGUCGAUAUGGAGACCGAGGCCUUGAUCCAGCGAUCGAUCCGGGAGGAGUUUGGACGCAAUGCGACUUCCCUUCUUGUCAUUGCGCAUCGCCUUAGCACCGUUGCUGAUUUCGAUAAAAUCCUGGUGCUUGAUGCUGGCAAGGCAGCCGAAUUCGGAACUCCACAAGAGCUGAUGGCCAUUGAAGGAGGAGUGUUUCGAAAUUUAGUGCAGAACAGUGGGGAGAAAGCACUGCUGGAGGAGAUGAUAUGGGGAGCGGGAAAGAAGUAAAUGAAUUUGAACUGGCGUGGUGGGACUGUUAUUGCAG